AUGGUUAUGUCCAAAGAGUUGAGUCCCAAGCAGAAGGGCAUCUGUCAGGUGUGUGGAGAUCAGGCUACUGGCAUCCACUACCAGGCUAUCACCUGCGAAGGCUGCAAGGGCUUCUUCCGUCGUACCGUGCAGAACAAGAUAGAGUACUCGUGCAAGAAUCAAGGGAACUGUGUCAUCAACAAGGAGGCCAGAGUCAAGUGCCAGAAGUGCCGUUAUACCAAGUGUUUGACUGUCAUGAAGACUGAUUGUGAGUUGUCUAAACAUUAUAUUAAUCUAGCUGUUUGUACUGUAACACUUUAUACAGUGCCAGGCGGGCAAUGUCGGUCUGUAGGAGGUAAAAUAUGUUAUAGUAAACCCACUGUAAUAGUAUUAUAGACAAUUUUAGUAUUAUAUAACCUUCCAUUUCAGUAGUAAUGGAGCCAGCCGAACGCAAGGCCAAGCGAGAACUGAUUGAGCGGAACCGUCAGUGUCGUGAGGUCGAACGUCAUCUCUCGGAUUCUGAAUUCAUCGGAAUCUAUCCGUUGACUUCAGAAUCCGAAAAUCUGAUGAACGGACUGGCCAAGAACUAUUAUCAGUGUUUGGUGACAGAACUGGCGUUGGGGGAGGACUUCAAGUACAAGGACCUGGGAGAACAAACGGCUACACUGCUGGUCACGAUGUUCAACAGGUGCAUCAGAUUCUGCUCCACGGUAGAGGGAAUCGAGCAGGUAAGGGACUUUUUUUAUUCUCGUAGUACUUGUAUGUUUCUAUGACCGAACUUUUUUUAGUGUAAGAUGCAUAUGUAACAUGUUAAACAUGCAUAUCCUUCUAUGAUAGUAUCUUUUUUACAGUAAUGUAAAAUUGUUAUUAAAUUAUUUUGAACGUUUCAGCUAUCCAAAGUGUACAUCAUGAAGCAAUGCUACGCCCGUCUGGACGUUGAGCUUCUAGAUCUGUUCACUCGAGUUGAUGUAGCUCAACGUACCGUGACCAAAAGAAGCGUUUCAGAAGGCGAUAUCGUAUCUAUCGUGAAGCUAGAUUCUCUAGGAUUCUCUCCGGUUUUAGUAGACGACUUCUUACAGGUCACACGGUACUUCCAGCGACUUCAGAUGGACGACCAGCAACUGGCGUUGCUGGCGUCGCUGAUGUUGCUGGAGAAGGGUGACUUGGCUGGGUGUUACAGUAAUCCCCAGGUUACUACUUUCUUACAAACUUGUGAGAGUAUCUGUAGCCAAGAACAGAACGAUUCAUCUGAAGUCGAGAAGACGUUGAACUCUGUUCUGAUCAGUUACCUUGAUUUUGGGUGUAAUAACAUUGACAGGAGGGCUGUCUACACCUACCCUGACAUGAUGGCUGUCAAGCAAAGACUCUAUGAGUUUGUCGAAUUACAUGGUAAAAUGUUGUUGGACUAUCCAUGUAGCUUGGCCCAUCUUCUUUCCUAA